AUGCGUCAAUUCCACUCCUUACUGCUGUGCCUCAGCUGCCUCUCCUUUACCCUCGCUUCCUCCGAUUACCACGAGCAGCUCCUCCUCAAACCUCUCCAUCCAUCACUUCUUCUUGCUUCCUUUAACUUCCAGUCUAAUACAACGCUGGCGUCUUUUGAGCAGCAAAACUUUAGAUAUUUUCCGAGGUCAUUGGGGCAGAUUCUGCAGCAUGCAAAUACGAGGGAAUUGCAUCUGAGGUUUAGUCUAGGGAGGUGGGAUGCUGAGAGCUGGGGCGCGAGACCUUGGGGAGGUGCUCGGGAGGGAGGAACGGGCGUGGAAUUAUGGGCUUGGGUCGAAGCUGAGACUGACGAGGUGGCUGAUGGAAGAUGGCUUACCUUGACGAAUGCACUCUCUGGCCUCUUUUGCGCCUCUCUGAAUUUCAUCGAUUCGACACGAACUACAAGGCCUAUUAUGUCAUUCCAGCCCUCGGGUGACCACAAGAACUCCACCUUCGAGAGCCUACAUCUUCUUCAUGGGACGUUGCCGAGAGAAGUGGUGUGUACAGAGAACUUGACCCCUUUCCUGAAGCUGUUGCCUUGUAAGGGGAAAGCCGGGAUAUCGAGCUUGUUGGAUGGACACAAGCUAUUUGAUGCAAGUUGGCAGAGCAUGUCAAUUGAUGUCAGACCAAUCUGUCCUCUUGCAUCGAACGAUUGCCAGCUGCAGAUCACGCAGACAAUCGAUAUGGUUCUGGAUAUUCAGAGGUCGAAGCGACCCAGAGACAAUCCCAUCCCUCGGCCUGUGCCGAACGAGGAGCUUAAAUGCGAUACAUCAAAGCCAUAUCACACUGAAGAUACUUGCUACCCUUUGGACACGGCGGCUCGGGAAGAAGAAUGGACUCUUUCACAGAUAUUUGGGCAUCCAUUGAAGGGAGCUUGCCCCUUGGCAACUGAUGGAAUCGAUCCAGUGUGCAUCAGUGUCCCACAUGCACGCCAAGUGUUUUCCUCGGAAGGAUCACACGAGCACAAGGAUUCGAGUGGGUUUAUGAGGUGCUACCAUCUGGAUUCCGAGAAGGACUUUGAGUUGGUUCUUCCACAGCAAGAGAUCUCAGAAAAAGCACCUCUCGAGCAACCUUUGUUGUACGCCGAGCGAUCAUUCAUUGGCUACGGUCAAGAACGAGGCGGUGUCCAGGCCAUACUUACCAACCCCUCUCUUACCGAAGCAGUCGACUUCAUCUACAUGGAAUCCUUACCCUGGUUCAUGAAGCUCUACCUCCACACCCUAAAUGCCAAGAUCAACGGGCUAGACACCCACCAAGAUGUCAUUCAAGAAAUGUACUACCGUCCCGCGCUCGACCGUAAACGCGGAACCCAACUUGAAAUCCGGAUUCUCAUCCCGGCGAACUCAACUGUCGUCCUCACCUACGACUUCGAGAAAGCAAUCCUACGCUACACCGAAUACCCACCAGAUGCCAACCGCGGCUUUGACGUCGCGCCAGCAGUCAUCACAAUCGGCAAUGUCUCGAUACGCACCACUUCCCUUCUACUUCCUCUCCCUACCCCGGAUUUCAGCAUGCCGUAUAAUGUUAUCAUCCUCACGAGUACGGUGAUGGCUCUCAGCUUUGGCUUCAUCUUCAAUUUGUUGGUGAGGAGGUUCGUGGCUGUUGAUGAGGCGGAUCAGUGGGAUGUCAGGUCUGUGAGGUUAAAAGUCGCGGCGCUGAUUAAGGGGAAGUUGAAGAGGUUUAGGAAAAGGGUGAAGAUGGAGAAAAAAGAGUGA